AUGUCACUCGUAGAAACAAGAUGGGCUGAGCGGCACGACAGUGUCAUGAAGUUUCGCGAGGACUUUGCUGAAAUUGUAGAUGCGUUGGAAGAAAUAUCAAAUUGGCAGGACUUAAGUACUUCCACAAAAGCGAAAACGCUAACCCUGUCGCUGUGCAACACAGAAUUCAUUGUUUCUUUGCUCAGCUUAUCAAAAGUAUUAAGCUUAACCGUUGCGCUAAGCCGGUACCUCCAGCAAGAAGAUUUAGACAUAGCAACUGCUACUGGAGCCGUGGAGGAUGUUAUGGAGGUGUUGACCAAGCUCCGGGAAAAUGCUGAUGAAGAGUUUAGCAGUAUUUUUCAAAAGGUAAUAGAAAUUUGUGAGACUAUAGGUCUAGAAGUAAAAAUACCGCGCAUUACAGUCAAGCAAACGCAGCGGGGGAAUGUUCCGGCUGAGAACGCAGAGAUGUAUUAUCGGCGAAACGUAUUCCUGACUUUACUUGACUGUAUUUGUCAAGACAUACAGUCUCGCUUCAGUGCCGCAAAUUUGGAAGCCUUGGAGCUGAAAUAUCUUCUCCCAAAGCACCUAAUAAGGAAGGAUGUUAAAUCAAGUACCAUUAAUAAUCUGAGUAGUCGAUACUGGAAGUUGGCUAAAGCCAGCAGUGAGCACGAGAUGAGAAGAGUUCUGGCUGCCGAAGUCACUCUCUGGCAAGCUAAGUUGCGAAGGAUGGCCAGAAAUGAAAGCAGAACACCAACAGUAGCUGAAGCUUUUGAUGAGUGCGACAACAGUGUUUUUCCGAUGAUUAAAUUCCUGUAUCAACUUCUGUUGACACUACCAAUAAGUGUCGCAAGUGCUGAGCGUAGUUUUUCGGCCCUGAAACGCCUUAAGACUUGGCUAAGAAAUUCUAUGUCUCAAGAAAGAUUAGUGGGCUUGGCACUUCUCCAUGUUCACCAGGACAUUGAGCUGAAGGCUGUAAAUGUCGCGGAAAGAUUUAUGAAAACGAAGAAUCGUAGACUGCAAAUAGGAGAAUAG